AUGGGGAAAUCAUCGAUGAUCUUUCACUACUGUUUAGUAAUUUCUCUCUUCGUCCUCGUAUCGUCCUCGAGCGGUGAAGACACAAUCCAGCAGUCGCAGAACAUCAGCGAUGGCCAGACUCUCGUCUCCGCCGGCGGGAUCUUCGUGCUGGGGUUCUUCUCUCCGGGGGAUUCCGGUAAGAGGUAUCUGGGUAUAUGGUUCGCCAUUUCUAAUACAACAGUCGUAUGGGUCGCGAACAGAGAUAAGCCUCUCAACGACUCCUCCGGUAUCCUGCGCAUCGACAGCACCGGCAAUCUCGUCCUCGCCGGGAGCCCUCCCAGCACAAUCUUCUGGUCUACGGGUCAAACCAGCUCUGCCGGCGCUACAGCACAGCUGCUGGACUCCGGCAAUUUCGUACUCAGAGAAGGGAGCAGUCCUACGGCCGGAAACUUUCUCUGGCAAAGCUUCGAUCACCCAACGGAUACCAUGCUUGCGGGGAUGAAGAUCGGGCCGGACUACAGGACCGGGCGUGAUCGGAACUUGACGGCGUGGAGGAACGCAAGCGAUCCCUCACCGGGACGAUUCACCUACAAGCUGGACCCUCGCGGGAUGGGUCAGCCCUUCGUGCUGGAUAACACGACGGUGAUCUACCGCAGCGGCCCCUGGAAUGGGAUCCAGUUCAGCGGCUCACCGUCGAUGAAGUCCUACCCGAUGUUCUACUCUACCGUCGUCCAGAAUCAAGAGGAGGCGUACUACCAGUUCGGUGUAACCCAGGCGACGACCCUCACUAGGCUGGUGAUGGAUCAUUCCGGAGUGGCGAGGCGCUUGCUGUGGGAUAGUAAGAAGGCGGGCUGGCAGGAGCUGUGGAGUUCGGCCCUGGACCGGUGCAGCAACUACCUCUUCUGCGGUCCCAACGGGGUCUGUAACGGCGAUGGUUCUCUCCCAUGCAACUGCCUCCCGGGAUUCCGGGCCAGGAAUCAAGACGAGUGGGACAUUCAAAACUGGAGUAGAGGCUGCGAGAGGAAUACGAGUCUGAACUGCGCCGACGGCGACGGGUUUCUGCCGCGGAUGGGGAUGAGGUUGCCAGACACGGUGAACUCCACCGUCGACAUGAGCAUGAAUUUCAAUGAAUGUAAGGAAACAUGUCGGAAGAAUUGCUCCUGCGCAGCCUACGCGAGCGCGAACAUCAGCGGAGGAGAAAGUGGUUGCAUAACCUGGACUGGGGAUCUGGUCGAUCUGAAAACUUUUGGGGAAGCUCAAGAUGGGCAAAACAUAUAUCUACGACUGGCGAAAGCUGAUAUCGGUACGUUCUAUCAUCUUAUUCACCCGAGAUUUUACUCAAUUGAAAUCACGUAUGACUGGUCUGAACCAGCUCCUUAAGGAUGCUCCGAUGUUCACAUUUUUGGGGUCCCUCGCUCCUAAAUCAGAACCACAAGUCGUAUCUGAGUAGGCUGAUCUUUGGUGAAGGAAAUGGCUUAUGCUUUUCCUUCGAGUAGCCCCCCGACCCAUUUAAACUACGGCUAAUCGCUCCAGUGAUAUUAUUUGAUACUCCGCAGAAACCGAAGCAUAAAACUGGAUAUUACCCUCUCUUGUUCUGAUAUUUCGGUGGAAUUUUGCGGUUUAAAUGGAAUUCGCCGGACUACACGCGCGCAUACAGAUAUCUUGUUCACUACAGGAAACUGUCUUGGACUCUACCGUGGAACUUUCAUAUGCCAGACUAUAGAUUAUUCGUACGGAAUUCUUUUCAGGAAAGGAGAUCCAUUUUGACAAGGAUUCUGCAGAAGUCAAUAUGACUUGCCGCAUUAACUAUUCAUUUAUGUUUUUUCUCUUUUUGCUGGGGGGUGGGGGGUGGCGUGGGUUUUAAUCCAUGGCAAGUGGUUUGGGAGGGAGGCCUCCUAAUCCCAUUGCUCGGCAGUGAAACCCCCCGGUCGACGUGGCCCCUUCACGGAUACCGUCCACCAUGUUGGCUGCUGACAUAGCUGUCUGGUGAGAGGCAACUCUUCUGGGUGGGCGAUGCCACACUCUUCGCUAGAGGCUGUCCGCAGUGGCCGAUCGUUGAGAAGGCUUUCUCGCGGUGGCUAUUCGCGAUGGAAGUCCGCAGCGGUGAGCCCCAACCCUGCGGCGGACGACCCCCGUGAAAGGAACCUAUUCGUGGUGGGAAGAUGGCCUCUUUGUCAAGGCUUGGGCGUCGCAGCAGCAGGAAGAGUACUGGGCAGCGCUCACGCCCUUCCCCCUUGGCGGAGGUCCAACUCGCGGCGCCAUUGCCGUACACGAUGGGGUGGAAUGGAGUCCUCUUGGCCGGCCAACUAGAUUUCCCCAUGAGGAUCGACCCAAAUUGAUAAUCUUAUCCAUGAUUUCUUCGGAAAUAUAUUUGAUUCCCCAGAAAUGGCUGCAUCUAAAUUACAAAUUGUGUUCUUCAAUAUCUAAUUCGAAAUUCUUAAGAAACUUGCCUGAUAGCCAAAAUUCGUUUAAUAUUUUUGCCAUUGCUUCUGGGUUUAGGAAUGGUAGAUAGCAAAAUCAAGGUAUGACAACGACCACCCCCAGUUGACAACUAUGCAUCUUCCUCCAUUCUCUUUUGAGAUAAUCGAAUAAGCUCGGCUUUCUGCCCUUUAUAUUUUAACCUCAUUAGCGUUGAAUCUUCCUUCAGACUCGUCUUCUUAGAGGGGAGUUCUCAGCUCAUCUACUUCACCUUUUCUGUUCAGCCCUGUGUUGGGUAAUCGUACUUAUAGGCCUGUUUACAAGGCCGUGGAGCAGCAAGGCAGGCUAGAGAGUGUGGCUGCAAUGCGAUUCAGCCUACUGUCGUGAUUAUUUUUUCCCUGAAUAUUUGGGGGCAUUCAGAUGUUUACUUAGCAUCAAUUAUUUCUCAUGCAGAAGAGAUUCUUGGGAAACCAUCCAACAAGAGACAUGGUGCAGUUAUCGCCGUCACAGUGGCUUUAGCUUUGGUGUUGCUCAUUUUGGCAUUUUGGGGAUAUUGCAUACGCAGGAAAAGGAAUCGGAAGUCGGAAGCCAUAAUCGAAAACGGUAAGAAAUUUCACAAAGGAUUUCCAUUUGGUUGUCCUCAGUGUAACUUUCUCGCUCAAGUGAAUAGGAAAACAUUUAUGUGGAUAUAGUAUAAGCACUGGGAAUCAUUCGUACCAUCCAGAGAAAUAUUUAUGUGCUGUUUAAUCUUAGCUUCUACGCAUCAAUGCCAGGUUCAAGGCUUCAAAGCAUCAACAAGGAUCUUACUGAUGAGAAAAACGAUCUGCCCCUGUUUGAUUUGGGUACUAUAGAAUUGGCCACAAACAAAUUCGCAGAUGGUAAUAAGAUUGGGAAAGGAGGGUUUGGUUGUGUCUACAAGGUGAGCUUUCCUUUUUAUUACGCCUCCAAGAACACCGUAGGAUUGUUAUAUCUUCCUCGUGGAUGCAUUUUACCCCUGGAUCGCAUAACUGAGGCGUAGUACCAAUUCUCAAGCCUUCUUUACAACUUUUCAGGGAAAAUUUGUGGAUGGUCAGGAAGUGGCUGUAAAGCGGCUCUCUUCGCAAUCUGGAGAGGGGAUUGAAGAGUUCAAGACUGAGGUUAGGCUGAUUGCCAAACUCCAGCACAGAAACCUUGUCCGGCUUCUUGGAUGCUGCAUUGAAGGAGGAGAAAGACUGUUGGUUUACGAGUACAUGCCCAACAGUAGCUUGGAUGUCUUCAUAUUCGGUAGGAUUCUUGACUUUUUUUUUUUAUUGCAAUCAUAGGAUUAGAAUUUUCAAUACUGUCCCAAUGCUUGCCCAGAAUGAUGCUAAUGAUGGUGUCACACCCAAGAUCCAGUGAUGGCCACGACUAACUUAUAGACAUCUACCAUUGACAUUAAAAGGAAUUGGAUCUUUUUUUAUGUUGACUCAAGAUCGAGCCUUUAUUUACAUGCAGGUGAUGAACAGAAGCGUCUGCUUUUGGACUGGGAAAAGCGCUUGGACAUAAUCUUGGGGGUAGCCCGUGGGCUUCUCUAUCUCCACCAGGAUUCACGGCUCAGAGUCAUCCACAGGGAUCUCAAAGCAGCCAACAUACUCCUAGACGAGGCUAUGAACCCCAAGAUCUCGGACUUUGGCACUGCCAGGAUCUUUGGAAGGGAUCAAAUGGAGGACAACACCGUGAAAAUAGUCGGCACCAUGUACGUUCUCUCUCUUGUGCUAGUUAUUCAUUUUGGUUUGAUCUCAUGACGAACAGUGACAAUAUUAUUUUCGUUUUCACGAACGGUGCAGUGGAUACAUGUCCCCAGAGUACAUCAUGAGUGGGAAUUUCUCGGAGAAGUCUGACAUCUUCAGCUUUGGAGUUCUGGUGUUGGAAAUCAUAAGUGGUAGAAAGAACCAGUGGAUCUCUCAGAAGAACUUCCACAUGAGGCUUCUAGCCAACGUAAGUGCAGAACAGCUAGACCCAUCUACCGAAUAGCAUUCCAUGUACCGCUAUCAUCGUUGGUCCCUAAAGCCCCAAGCGUAUAUAUAUAGUACUGACCAUUUUGGGAAACUUAAUUUCAGGCUUGGAGACUCUGCACCGAAAACCAAUGUGAUAAGCUCUUGGACGACAUGCUGAGGCCUCCAAAUCAGCUCUCCGAUGUCCUGAGGUACAUACAGAUUGGGCUCCUGUGUGUGCAGGAGUCUCCAGACGACAGGCCGACAAUGCAAGAGGUAGUUUUCAUGCUGGCCAACAGGAAUUCUGUGCUGCCACGGCCGGAGAAGCCCGGGUUCUUUAAACCCACCAGCCUGGUGGCAGCAGCACAGUGGUUCGCCGACGGCCAUAAUCUAUCGCCCUCUGUGAACGUGAUUACUCUCACGAAUGUUGAAGGGCGCUGA